CUACAACAAUCCGGCGGCGACCGGCGGCCGAUUUGCGAUUUUCCCGCGGCGCGGAGGACGAGUGUUUCUCCUCUCCGAUCAGGCCCUCCCAUUUGGAACAUGGAUUGGCAAUGGCUGGGUGUUCUAUUGCUAUCAGGGAUAAUUUCAAAUGUUGCAGCAGAACCGUAUUACACGAUAAUCGCGCCAAAGGUGGUACGCCCUGAUUCAGAAUAUCAUGUUGCGGCAAGUACGACCGGCAUAUCGAUACCAUCGACGAUAUACAUCGAGUUGACCGGAGAACUCGACACGGGAAAAAUAUUGAACGUUUCUCGCACCAUAGUCGUCGAGCCUUACUCCACUAAAAUCUUGCAAUUAAACAUCGGCGAGACCACACCAGGGAAAUACAAGCUCACAGCACGUGGCUUGUCGGGCAUAACUUUCUUUAAGUCGAAAGAUGUCGAAUAUGUACAUAAAAGUUACUCCGUCUUCAUUCAGACUGAUCGGGCGAUUUAUAAACCCGGUCACAAAGUUAUGUUCCGCUGCUUAGUAUUGGACUCGAGACUAAGGCCAAGCAUCGUGGGACCGACUGAUGUGUAUAUCAUUGACGGCGAUGGUAAUCGCAUCAAACAAUGGAUCCGGCCACCGGUGGCUCACGGGAUCUUCAGCAGUGAACUGGAGUUAUCAGUAUCGCCAGUGUUGGGUAACUGGAAGAUCGUUGCCAAUGUGGGCGACCAGACCUUCGAAAAGGCGUUCGAAGUCGCGGAGUAUGUCUUGCCGAACUUCGAGGUGACGAUCGAUUCGCCGAAGCAUUCUACGUUCAAAGAAUCCAAAGUGACAGCAACCAUUUACGCAAAGUAUACUUACGGGAAACCAGUGAAAGGUGAAGCUACGAUAACAGCUUUCCCGGACAUCUUUUCCGGUGUUAUCCAGCCGAUAUUUCAGCAACCUGUGAGAAAAGUGGUGCCGAUUGACGGAAAAGUUACGGUCGACUUUGACAUUCGGUCUGAAUUGAGAUUGACCGACGAGUAUGACAGGCCCAUCAUGAUUGACGCCGUGGUAGAGGAAACUUUAACUAGUAGAAGGCAAAAUACUUCGAUACAAGUAAUGCUACACAAACACAAAUAUACGAUGGAAUUGAUAAAGACUUCGGAGUACUUCAAGCCGGGGCUAAAAUAUACCGCAUUCCUAAAAUUGGCAUAUCACGAUGGAUCGCCGGUGCAGGACACGAAAAAUUCUGUUCUGAUAGCACACGGAUACACGUACAACCAAUCGGCUUACACACGUUCCACGCGAAUGCUAGAUGAGCAUGGCAUGGUGCAACUGGAUUUUUAUCCUCCCAAGUCAAAGGAUAACAUAUCCUACCCUCUGAACAUAGAGGCGCAAUACUUGAAUCUUCACGAGUGGUUUCCUUCGACCAAUCAAGCUACGUCCUUGAGCAAUGAGUACAUUCAAGCUAUCUUGAAAACGGAAAAACCUAUGGUAAACAUCAACGUUGAAAUCGAGGUAAACUCCACCACGCCGUUGAAAUACAUAAGUUACGAGGUGCUUGGUCGCGGUGAUAUUCUACAUGCGGGAUCGAAAUACGUGCAAGACAAAUACACGACGUCCUUCGACUUUUUGGCAACAUACGUUAUGGCACCUACUGCGCACGUAAUUGUAUAUUAUGUACGAACGGACGGAGAAGUAAUAGCGGAUUCGUUGGAUGUAGAACUGACGGGAACACUUCAAAACUUCGUGGAUCUCAAAGUAACACCUGGAGAAGUGGAGCCUGGGGAUGACGUUAAUCUCAUGAUUUCCGCGAAACCGAAUUCUUACAUCGGAUUGUUAGGCGUUGAUCAAAGAUCCAUUCUGCUGAAAUCUGGAAAUGAUAUUUCUCAUGAACAAGUAUACAAGGAGUUGCAGUCGUACGACAGGGCAGAAGUUUCGCCGUACGCCGACUCGUUCUUCGGUCGUCCUUUGUGGAGACCCGGCUCGGGGACAGCGGAUGACAUAUUUCAGAAAACCGGCGUGGUAAUCCUCACAAACGGGUACGUCCAUGAGAACUUCGCUUUACGAUCCGAAAUUCCGGAUGGUAGAAUAACGGGCUCGCCUCAUGGGGUAUCCACGCUUCGACCAGACCUUGGUCCACCUGUUACGCACAGAUUAGCAACAAGACCACCGCUGGCAGGUCCUUACGCCUUCUCUCGCAUCCCACCUCCUGUUUGGAAUAAGCCCCGUGUAUUCCUAAUGCAUGACAUCUUAAACACCUGGGUUUUCACAAACUUCUCUUCAGGACAUACCGGACAAACUGAAUUGCGACGAAAGGUACCAGAUUCUAUCACGUCAUGGGUGUUGACUGCAUUCUCCUUGAACGACGCGCAUGGCUUGGGUCUCAUAGAGGAGUCUAGAAAGUUGAAAGUCUUCAGGCCAUUCUUUGUAUCCGUGGACUUGCCGUACUCGGUAAUACGAGGGGAAAUCGUAGCGAUACAGAUUGCGGUCUUUAAUUAUUUGAACAAGGACUUGACAGCUGAAGUUUUGUUAAAGAACGAGGGUCAAUUCGACUUUGCCGAGGUCUCUAAUGAAGUUAACGAUGCACCAAAAUUGGAGUUAUAUCGUACGAAGAAGGUGGAUGUGAAAGCUAACUCUGGCUCCAGUGUAUCGUUCAUGAUUAUUCCAAGGGAGCUGGGAUACAUCGACAUUAAAGUGACUGCCAACAGCGUUUUGGCUGGUGAUAGCGUUGAGCACAAGUUACUUGUUAACGCCGAGGGAGAAACACAGUACAAGAACAAAGCGGUAUUUUUGGAUUUAAGGAACGUUGAUCACGCGGAGACAAAUAUUACUAUUGAUAUACCUAACAACGCCGUCCCAGAUUCCGAAACCAUUCACAUAUCUGCAGUUGGUGAUAUCCUGGGGCCUAGUAUCACGAAUUUGGCAAAUUUGAUAAGAAUGCCGUUUGGCUGCGGCGAGCAGAAUAUGUUGAAUUUUGUACCAAACAUUGUUGUCUUGGAUUAUCUUAAGAAUACAAACCAAUUAACGCAAGCCGUGCAAAGUAAAGCAUUGAAGUACUUGGAUAUUGGUUAUCAACAAGAAUUGACUUAUAGGCAUAGAGAUGGUUCCUUUAGUGCGUUCGGCAAGUCAGAUCCUAACGGGAGUACAUGGCUUACAGCUUUCGUGGCAAAAUCUUUCAAGCAAGCAGCACAAUACAUAGCAGUGGAGGAUAGGAUAAUAGACGAGGCCCUGAAGUGGCUGUCAGAUAAUCAAAGUCCAAACGGCUCUUUCCCUGAAGUGGGAAAAGUGAGCCACCGCGAUAUGCAAGGCGGAGCUGCGAAAGGACUCGCUCUAACGGCGUAUACACUUAUCACUUUCCUUGAAAAUCAGGAUUCCAUAGAGAAGUAUCGUAAUACAAUAAACAAAGCUGUUGACUACAUCGUCCGUAAUAUCGAAGAGUUGAACGACACGUAUGCAUUGAGUUUAUGCGCCUAUGCCUUGAAUCUGGCGAAACAUCCGUUCGAGACGUCUGCAUUCAACUACCUGGAGUCGAAAGCCAUGACGCAACAGGGUCUCAAAUGGUGGAGCAAGCCCAUACCGGCGGACGACAAGAACCCGCACUACGCUCUACCGCGUUCCGUCGAUGUCGAGAUGACAUCUUACGCUUUACUCUCGUAUCUCCGACGUAACCUGCUUCCCGACGCGAUCCCGGUAAUGAAGUGGCUCGUCAAACAGAGGAAUCCGGAAGGCGGCUUCGCCUCGACACAAGAUACCGUGAUCGGGCUUCAAGCGUUGGCGAAACUCGCCGAGAAAUUGUCGAGAGACAUAAGAUCAGUCCCGAUCGUAUUCAAACACGAGGGAGGUCAGGGCUACAUGAACAUAAACAGCGGUAAUUCUAUGAUAUUGCAGAAGCAUAUAUUACCGAAGAAAACGCGUCACGUCAACAUAACGGCGUCCGGCAAAGGAUUCGCGUUGGUGCAGGUGUCUUAUCAAUACAACUUGAACGUGACCGGUGCCUGGCCGUUGUUUACCUUGGAUCCUCAAGUAGACAAAAACUCCAAUGCUAACCAUUUACAACUCUCCAUAUGUUCAGGAUUUGUCCCAACCAAAGAAGCGAACGAAAGUAACAUGGCUGUUAUGGAGGUGAGCCUGCCAUCUGGUUUCACGGUAGACAGAGAUUCUUUGCCAAGCUUAGAAAUAUCGUCGCACGUGAAGCGCGUGGAAACUAAAAAUGGCGACACAAUGGUAGUUUUAUACUUUGACAAGAUGAUACAGCAAGAAUAUUGUCCCACUGUGUCCGCAUUCAGGGUACAUAAGGUAGCUAAACAGAAGCCAGUCCCUGUUUCCAUAUAUGAUUACUAUGAUUCGUCGAGAAGAGCAAGGGUAUUUUACGAGCCUAUAAAGACAACUUUAUGUGACUUAUGCGAAGGUGAAGAUUGCGAAGAUAUAUGUGUCUCAAAACCUGGUAAACAAAAAGAUAACGUUACGAUGUCCGCUGCGUCUCGCGUAUUUUCGUGUAUAUUUGCAAUUUAUCCUUUUUUCGUUUUACUCUUUGCUUUAUAAGUACGUUUAGUGUUACACAAAUCAAGAGUAAUUAUUUUACUAUAUUAUAUAGUAGUAUUUUAUAUUAUCUAAUGAGAGAUGACGUAAAAGAGCUGUAUAAAUUGCGACCAAAGUGCUUGUUACGCAAAAUUUAAAAUACUACGAGGUUAUUUCUCUUCACGUGUAGUGUGUCCACAAAUCAAACUAACAUAAGAUUUAAUUACCUCUGUAAUAUUAAUAUUAAGUUUAUAAUAAAAUUUAAUAAUGUUUCUUGUUAAA